GGCGGGGCCGCGUCAGCUGCCGGGGCCGGAGCGCCGAGAGGAGCGGGCGCUGCUCCGGGAGCGCGGCCCCGGCGGGGCGGGAUGGAGCCCGCGGGCCUCACGCUGAAGCUGCUGCUGGUCGGAGACAGCGCCGUGGGGAAGUCCAGCCUCCUGCGGCGCUUCACGGACGGCGCGUUUGAGCCGCGCCUGACACCCACCGUCGGUAUUGAUUUUAAGGUGAAGAAGAUGGUGGUGGAGGGCCGUGCAGUACAGCUGGCCAUAUGGGAUACAGCAGGACAGGAGCGUUUCAGAACACUGACUCCCAGUUUCUACCGAGGAGCUCAAGGAGUAGUUUUAGUGUAUGAUGUGACAAGAAAAGACACUUUCACAGGACUAGGAAGCUGGCUGAGUGAGCUGGAAAUGUACACCACCAACAGCAGCACUGUGAAAAUGUUGGUUGGCAAUAAAACCGAUAAGCCUGACCGUGAAGUAGAGAGAAAAGAAGGGCUCCAGCUUGCUAGGAAACACUCACUGCUUUUUAUAGAGACCAGUGCCAAGACACAGGAUGGAGUGCAACAUGCCUUUGAGGAACUGGUCAUAAAGAUCCUGCAGACUCCAGAUCUUUGGGAUAAGAACACAGCAAAGAAGGGAGUGCAGCUCAUGGAACCUUCAGCACAGCAGGAAAAAGGCUUGUGUGCUGCCCACUGUCCACUUACUUAAAUGUACAGGUGGCUGCUCUGCCUGACUGGAGGGAACAUGGAAAAAAAACAACGGGUGGGGAUGGGAUUCCCAGCCCCAAUCUGUGCCAUGUUUGAUGUGCCACCACUUGUGCAGAUCCAAAACACAAACUCAUUAGCAAAAUACAUUUUUAUUUGUUAACAAAAUACAGUUUCUCCUUCCCUUUUGCACAACUGCUGUUUGCAGGUAUUUUUCUGGUAGCUCAGAUUUUUUACUAUGAAGUCAUAGUGCUGCUUAAGAGUAUCGUGCUCUUGCUGUGUGACAUUCAACAUGGACUUUUGGUGGAAUUCCUGCCUUAGCAUAAAUAAGGUGAUAUUCAAUUCUGGAUCAUUACUGAGAACCUUCUCUUCCCUUCUGGCAUGGGAGGCUUUUAGUUGCCUUAAUGUAGUUACUCAUCAGGAGUUACCCUGAGCUGUGGACAUAGCUUCCUUGUUUUGGAUGGUUUUAUAAAGUCAAAAUUAUUGUCCCCAGACAAUAAUGUGUUACUAGUUAAUUUUAGGCUUGCCAUGAAGAGGAUGUGUCUUUUAACACUUGUCAGGAAACCCCCCUGCUUCCUGUGCAGACACUGGGGGUGACCCUGUGCUGUUUGCACUGAGGAUCAGGGAUGAAAUUCCCUCAUCACCCCGUGGCUGUGGGCUGGCAGUCACUGUGGUUCUCUGCAAACCACACCCUCAUCCUCUUCCAGCAACCACAGUCAUUAAACCUCCAUAGAAAAUGUGCUGCCUAUGGGAGACAUUCCAUUCCAUUAGAGUGACUCUGUCCUCCACCAAUCCCACUAUGAAUUACCUUUUUGUUUUUUACACUUCUAAAAUGGCAAUAUUGUAUUUUGCUAACUUACAUUAAAAUAACUGAAAAUUUAAA